AUGCCAAUCAACCCCACCCGCGCAAAGCAACUGGCCGAAAACCUCAGCCACGUCCUCUCUCAAAUAAAAUCCGCAAACACAUCCGGUGGACAGAAUGUCCGCCUGAUCGCAGUCUCGAAACUAAAACCCGCAAACGACAUCCUCGCCCUGCACACCUCUGCCUCAUCCCCUCAGACCCAUUUCGGCGAAAACUACGUCCAAGAACUGCUCGAAAAGUCUUCCUUGCUACCCCGCACCAUAAACUGGCAUUUCAUCGGCGCCCUCCAAACAAACAAAUGUCGCCCUCUAGCCGAGUCGAUUCCAAACCUUUUCAGCGUCAGCAGUGUCGACAGCAGCAAAAAAGCAGACCAGCUAGAAAAGGGACGGGUGAACUUGUUGCAAGGAGACAAAGGCAAAGAGGUAGCAGAGGGAAGCAAAUUGAGGGUGUUGGUACAGAUAAACACAUCAGGCGAGACCGAGAAAUCGGGUGUCGAGCCCGGAGCCGCAGCGGUGCAGCUUUGCAAACACAUACGCGAUGAUUGUCCUCAUCUGUCACUCGGUGGCUUGAUGACCAUUGGCGCCAUCGCACGCUCAAAGGCAACGACUGCAGAGACGGAAAAUGAAGAUUUUGACACGCUGCGGAAAUGCAGGGAUCAUGUUGCCGAGCAGCUGGGCAUGCAAAAGGAAGACUUGGAAUUGAGUAUGGGUAUGAGCUCUGACUUUGAAGCGGCGAUCAGGCAGGGUAGUACGGAGGUUAGGGUCGGCACUACUAUUUUUGGUGAGAGGCCGGCGAGGGGGGAUGCGAAGGUCAAGGAGGAGGUGGAGGAGGGUAAGAAGUAG